AUGACUACGUACGGAGCAGAUACAUUUUUAGAUGAACAUUUUAAACUUAACCAUGAUGCACCUGGACUUUUAUCAAUGGCAAACAGUGGUAUAGAUACCAACAGGUGUCAGUUUUUUAUUACUUGUGCCAACUGCAACUUUUUGGAUGGAAAACAUGUGGUAUUUGGCCAUGUCAUUGAUGGGUUGUUGGUAAUGAGAACAAUCGAAAAUGUUCCUACUGUUCCCAACAACAAACCAAAAAUACAUAUUGUCAUAUCACAAUAUGGACAGUUAUAA